AUGAGCUACGAGACGCAACAUUAGGAACAGCUGAAGAGCGACAACAAAACCACGAACGGGAACCGACACGUACGACAUAUGUCCGUUUAAAACGCAGCUAAAUCAACGCUUAUAUCGUCUCGAAGAGGACGUUUGGACCUUGCGAGCACGCCGGUUCGCCGGUUAGAAGUCGACAACGGGAUAAAAAGCCAUUUUCGUACGCCGCUGCUGUCCUGCUUCGUUGUCUGUUAGCCUCAAAGCGGCUAGCGAGGAGUUAGCUCCCUACGCCCACAGUGAUUAGACAGUCAGAAUGGGCCGCAUCUUCCUGGACCACAUCGGCGGAACGCGCCUGUUCUCCUGCGCCAACUGCGACACUAUCCUGACCAAUCGCUCCGAGCUCAUCUCCACCCGAUUCACGGGUGCCACCGGCAGAGCCUUCCUCUUCAACAAGGUGGUGAACCUUCAGUACAGCGAGGUUCAGGACCGCGUGAUGCUGACGGGCCGACACAUGGUCCGAGACGUCAGCUGCAAGAACUGCAACAGCAAGCUGGGGUGGAUCUACGAGUUCGCCACCGAGGACAGCCAGCGCUACAAGGAGGGACGAGUCAUCCUGGAGCGGGCGCUGGUCAGGGAGAGCGAGGGCUUCGAGGAGCACGUGCCCUCCGACAACUCCUGAACACGCCGAGCCACGUCGCUUCUUUACCGCCGCCGUGCCCGUUGACUCUGCCAAUCUGUUUAGCGACUUCACAAACAAAACCCUUGGGUAGGAUCUUGACUUCUUUUUGAAAACGAACACCUCCUUUAGACAACGCCUCUGGUUGCUGCAGCCAUGCGUUCCAUUUGGACUCAGCGGCCAGAUACGAGCAAUCGACCAAUUUACCGAUUCUUCGUCAUUUUUUUUCCCCCGUUAGAAGUAUUUGACCGGAAACGGAGAAUCGUUUUUUGAAUGUUCCAAACUCUUGUUUCUACACCAGCUGCGCUCCAUUGGUUGCUUCAAGACACUGUGAAGCGUCAGUUUCAAUCUAUUGAACCAAUUAUUUGUUCAUUUUAUUUGAUUAUUAUUAUUAUUACAGCUGGGCAAGUACUGAUACCAGACAUCAGUGUCGAGCAAAUAGGUCUUUGUUCACAAUUAUCCGUCAUUGUGUUAAUUUAAAUUGUAUGUAUCAGUAGUUAGUAGUGGUAUCGGUGAGUUCUCAAGAAUGAAUACUCGUACUGGUAUCGGUCUGAAAACAAAGUGGUCUCGAACAUAAAGUGAAAAUCACUUUCUGAGUGUUCUGAAUUCCUGUUUUCACAGACAUCUCGAUGGAGCUACGAGUGGAGCUCGACGUCCCACUCCAUUUUUUUCGUUUUUUCCAAGUCACGAUUAAUCAAUAGUCCCACACCAAAUUCCAAACGAUAAUUUUUUAUUUAUUUGUUUUUUUUUUGUUUUUUUUACUAGGAAGGAAGAAUAAAUGCCUGUUUCCACACGCGCCUCAGAUGUAGCUCCAAGUCCCACAAAACCGAAUCGGUCACGCCAAAACACGAUUGAUUGACAGUUGACCAAACGAUCACUUGGCUAAUUACUUUUUUUUCCUAUUUACCAGAACAGGAAAAUUGUUCUCAAGUCCUGUUACCGCACCCACCUCAGACGAGUUAGCGUAGCAUCUCACUCGUUUUUGAUCCGCUCGCUUUAAGACACGAUUAAUCGCCAAUUCCAAAACAAAUUCUUAACACUCAAUAACCAAUCUCUCUUUUUUUAAUUAUUGUUUAUACCGGGAAAAGAGGAUCACACUGAAUAUUCUGAACUCCUGUUUCCACACCCUCCUCGAAAGCGUUAGCGUAGUGCUGACGUUGCUUGACAUCCCGCUAUAUUUUGAAAAAUGUGACUAAUUCAAUUAAUUUAAUUUAUUAAAAAUUGAUGAAUUAAACUCCACACCAAUUUUUUACAGGGAAGCGACAAUUGCUCUCUGAAUGUUCUGAACUCCUGUUUUUACACCCGUGUCGUCCCAACGAGCGGAAUAGCGGCGUCGCGCUGACGUAGCUCGAUGUCACUUCAAGACAUGAUUCAUAGACAACUCUGUCGCGACAAGACCCGACUAAUCAAUUCCACACAAUCGUCCGACUUCUCGACGAUCAGUUCAUGGAUUAGUAACAAAUACAUGACAUCACCCGCCUUGAUUCCAGCGGCAACUUUCCUUUUAUUAGCCUGAUAGCCUGCGUCAACAGCGACAGUGAAAAGGCUGCCUUUGACGUCACAAAGCUAAAGGUGAUGGUUAGCCUGACACUGGGUUUAAUGACACCGCAUUCUUCUCGCUGCUACGUUGCUAACCGGUCGCCGUGGCGCGCGCGCAGACAUGCGAGUCCGUUGGUUAGCCAGGCUUUGUGCGCCCGGCAUAACGGAAGACGGUCUUUUGUCGCACUUUUGUCGUUUGAGUUGAGUUGAGCUUGUGCUAAACAUUCGACCGCCAGUGGAGUUUAACAGCUUUUCGGAUCGCCCGUGUCUCAGCCUUGUUGGAGAUCAAGCCCAAUAAGUCCCGUUUUGGAGUCAUUUCAUUGAACUCUUCUUUGUAAUAAAUACAGUGCAAAAAUGUAAUACAAUAUUUGGGGAUGAUUUUCUAAGAGAAAGGAAACUGUUGACAUUUGUUGAUAUUUUCCACUUGGCGUUUGAAUAGUUCAAUCAUUUUAAUUUGCUCUCUGAUUGAGUUAUUAUUUUAGUGAUGUGUGCAUUCUCAUGAUUGUUCCAAAAAAAUACUUGUGCUUUACACAAAAUAUAUGGCUGUGUUAUAUUUUGUUCCAUGUGUGGUUUUGUAUCCUGAAUGAAUCACUCAAUUAUUGUCCGUAAAAACUAGAUACAGUACAGUGGUACUGGAAAUUUCUUCGAGGAGAUAUAUUAUGGAUCUGGAUCUGGAUCCACCCCCCCCCCCCCCCCCCCAAAUUAAAAACAAUUGGGAUAGAGCCGCCCUGUAGCCAGUAGAUGGCAGUGGAGCACCGCGGUCUGGUUUCAGACCGGAUUCUAAGGCAGACCUGAUGUGGAUGUGACGCACUCCACAGGAUAAUAAAAAUAAAAAAACAUGGAGUCACUGCAAAAUGCAUGUCGGUCAUGUUGCUCCCAGGAGCCAAAGAAAAUGAAUGGGAAAGUGAUUAAUCCCCUCCUCAAUCAUCAUCAUGGGGAAGAGGUCUGCUUGGGUUUAUAAAUAGGGUCUUAAGGAUGAUUCACUCCUAAAUCCGCCCACUUAAUGUCGCAGGAGAGUUUCAGUCUUCAUCGUUGGGGAGGAAACGACGGCGCCCCGUGAGAAAAUGGUGCUCGUUAACCCUCAUAUACUGUUUCAGUCAACUUGGACUUCUUUUUGACGUUUGCACAGCAAUGAAAAUGGCAACCUGAAAUAUGAUGACAUUUCCUAAAGUGACCCUAAGUACGGAUUCUUCCGCACAGGUGCAACAAAGUUUGUUACCCUACAGCUGUUGCCGUUCUAAUUUGACCCGUCGAUGGAUUUUAGAUUUCACGGUGUGACUUAAAUCAAGGCAAAUGGUGGGAAACGUGAAACUAAAUAGUAUAAAUGUAUGGAUGCUCCUUGUGAUGCUACCAACACUGUUUGAAACAGUCCUGACAGAACUGUCUGUAUUCCCACCACAUUUGCACUGAUUCCCGCAGAGACGUGCACCUAAUUCUUUGGUAAAAUGGGACAUCGCCUGUUUUAUAUUAGAUGUUUUAAUUCUAAAACAAAAAUAUACACUUUUCCCUUUUCUCUGAAAUAUUGAUUGAGGAUUAAUCGCCCAUCAAUGUUUCAAAAUUGAUCCGGUAUGGGGUGCGGUUUGUAAAGUGACUUAGUGACUGAAAAGGGGGCGAUGUUUCAUAGUACUCAUAGUAAUAACUGGUUUGUUAUUUCAGGUAGUGAUAAUGUAUUUCCAAGGGUCCAUUUUCCUGUAUAAGAUGGUUUUUAUUUUAUUUUUUAAAUAUUUUUUAUGUAUAUAUAUAUAUAUAUAUAUAUAUAUAUAUAUAUAUAUAUAUAUAUAUAUAUAUAUAGUUGACAAAUAUUGUUCCAAAUAUGCAGAAGAGUGACUCUCGCAAAUUCACACCAGUUUUUUAAAACAACUUUUUAAGCUAAAUGUGACAAAAAGUUGCUGUUAUUCUUUGGUAUGGGCAGCUUUACAAAGUGCACCCCAUAAUCCAGAACAUACGACAUGUGCGGAAAAUGAACAGUAUGUAAGGAGACUCCAUCUUCGAUCCCAAACAGCGAGAGAGCGAGAGCUCCUGCUUUAUAAUUCAUUGCAGUCUUUUUCACUUUGUCCCCACGUAACCUCAACAAAGCGUGUGGUGUGAUAAUCACAAUGCCUGUUUCAGCAUGUUAGGCCUUGUAGAGUUUGCUGACAAAAGAACAACCCUAACAAUGAAUUGGAACUAAUAGUUUUUCAUUCUCAUUUGUCAUUUUAUUUGCAGUAAAUUAACCAAUUAUUUAAUGACGGAAUACAUUUUAACCAAUUGGAGGAAAAGAGUGGCUAAAUUAAUGCAACAUAAAAUGUUUUUUUUUUUAAUAACAAAGGUUUUUCCAUCAGAUUUUUAAAACUAAAUAAUCUGGCAUUUGUCCUCAUUGUUCGGAAAAAGGCAAAACUGGAACAAAAACGACGAUUAUGUGUAUACCUGGCCUCAUCUCUUAGAAGAUUACCCGAUGACGUCAGAGUCAUGACUCGAUGAAUUCUAACGUGAAACGGAAUGUAGCCAAUCAAGACGCCAUUUGACUCAGGAACAAGGAAGCAGCCAGGAAUAAAAACAAACUACUGUGACUAAGAUAAUAACACCAGCCUUUAUCUUCAUUUGAGAACUCACCUGUAGCUCGCUUAGUAUACUAUAAAGUCCGCUUUCACUUUCAUUCAAAGAUUCUUCUCCUCCGCCCCAAGACAAAAUAGUCCGUAGACCGGCUUCAUUCCCUCAUGUCCUCUUCCAUGUUACGUCGAGUGUUUCCAAGUUGUUGCUGUUUCUUCUUCUUCUUCGUUUUUGUUAGCUCACAUCAGGUUUCAGUCUUGGAGGAGUGGAUUCCAGAUCGGUGGUGGAACAGAAUUCUUAUGUAUGUGUGUGUGGUGUUCUGUGUUGAAAUUAUCGGGGCAAACUAUAUGAUCAAAACUGUUAAAUGCCUGAAAGAGAAAAACAAAAAAAAUCUAAAUCUUUCAAACGCAAGCACCAGACAGCAAAUCAACUGGAGUUUUAAAUGCUUAAUUGGUAAUGAUCUAAUGAAAGAAUUGCCCACACCUGCCCAUGAAAUGAUUCAUGCAACAAAUAUUUACAGAACGCUCGCUAAUGUAAAGGCUCUGGUGGUGUAGAAUCUGGAUUAAAGGACUUUGCCCACUCUUGCCCUCGUCACCACUUCCAUCCGCCGUUCGGCAGAAGUGUAUUAAUAGUGGAGGACGUGCAUUGUGAAGUGAUGUGCAGUGUGAUGACAUCUUGCCUUCGUCAAAUUUGAGGUUUUAUCCAAAUGCAGAGGAUGAUCCUGCUGUGUCUCGGCAACCAAAAAAAAAAAAAAAAAAAAAAAAAAAAAAAAAGCCAACCGCAUCAAUUGGACCCUUAAUUGGCUCAUGAGUCAUCGUCCUAGCGGGGGAUAUUUUAGCUUAUCAUUGACUCCUGGGGAUAUCAACAUCGUAACCCCUUUUCCAUUCCCUGAGCAGAGCGCGUGCGCGAGCACACACACGCACACAAAGCAGUGACAUUCUGUCAGCGGGGAGAAAAUAGCAUGCUUUCCAUUGACAUCACUCCACAUCCUGUUGCUAGACGACAGCGGAGACAACAUUUGUUACUAUGGUGACCGCACUUCACCUUCAAAGCUCCUGACCUUUUUUUUCGAGCGGGGAGGGGGACGAGAUCUUCGCUGUUGUGUAACACCAAAGCACUCUCAGUAGGCUCAUUCCAUGCACAAAAAAAAAAUAAUAAAAAAAGUAAAGCCAGUCCUGAUAAAAUAACACGAAUACCAUAAGGGAAAAAUAAGUUUUCUUAAAAAAAAAAAUAAUAAUAAUACAUAAAAAAUACACAGACUAUAUAACAAAAAUGAAAAA